UCCCGGCGCAGAGAGAUGUCUGCGGGCAGCAGAGGUACAUGGGCCGCCCGGGACCAGGGCGCCUUACCACAGGCUGCAGGUGGUGGGCCACCUAGCCCGGAAAAUCUCCCGGAGGGCGAGGAGCCAGGAGUCACCCCGGAGUCUCGGCUCAUCAAGAACGAGCUGGAGGAGCUGCCCCCUGCACGAGUGUCGCAGGAGGAAGGGGCCCAGGGAGCACGGGGCUCCGAGGAGAAAGCCCCCUUCCUGCCCGGCGGAGGCCCUGCGCUUUCCCGCCAGGGCAGGACCCAGGACCGGCAGAUGGCUGCGGCUCUGCUCACCGCCUGGUCGCAGAUGCCGGUGACCUUCGAGGAUGUGGCGCUGUACCUGUCCCGGGAGGAGUGGGGGCGGCUGGACCACACGCAGCAGCGGCAGAGUGUGCUGGCCUUGGGAACUCCGCAGAUGGGCAGGGAGGAGCCCCUCCACUCCCCGGCCGCCCCUGAGGAGGCGAAGGCCGUCAGGAGUAGGGCAGGGGGCUCCCCGGAAGAGGAGAGGCUGCCCUGCUGGGCCUUGCCACAGACCGGGACGCCGGACACAGGCCGCCCUGAGGGACCCGGUGCCCCCGAGGGCUGCGGAGAGGCCCCCGAUGGGGACACGGGCCGGAAGACGUACCGCUGUGAUCAGUGCGGGAAGGCGUUCAGCUGGCACUCGCACCUGGUCACGCACCGGCGCACGCACACGGGCGAGAAGCCCUACGCGUGCACGGACUGUGGCAAGCGCUUCGGCCGCAGCUCACACCUGCUGCAGCACCAGAUCAUCCACACGGGCGAGAAGCCCUACACGUGCCGCGCCUGCUGGAAGAGCUUCAGCCACCACUCGACGCUCAUCCAGCACCAGCGCAUCCACACGGGCGAGAAGCCCUACGCGUGCGAGCGCUGCGCCAAGCGCUUCGCGCGCCGCUCGGACCUGGUCACGCACACGGGCACGCACACGGGCGCCAAGCCCCACCAGUGCCCCGCGUGCGGCAAGCGCUUCACGCAGAGCUCGGCGCUCGUCACGCACCAGCGCACGCACACGGGCGCCAAGCCCUACCCGUGCCCCGAGUGCGGCAAGUGCUUCAGCCAGCGCUCCAACCUCCUGGCGCACCAGCGCACGCACACGGGCGAGAAGCCCUACGCCUGCGCCGACUGCGGCCAGCGCUUCAGCCACAGCUCGCACCUCACGGCGCACCAGCGCACGCACCGCGGCGUGCGGCCCUACUCGUGCCCGCGCUGCGCCAAGAGCUUCAGCCGCCGCUCCAACCUGCACCGGCACGAGAAGACCCACGGCGCGGGGCCCAAGGCGCUGGCCGUGCUGGUGCUGGGCGCCGCCCCCGCCCCCACCUGAGGAGCGGGGCGGGAUGG